UCAUCAACGAGACCAUAAAUUCGAGAGCCCGAGACCAACAAGGCCAGAGGCACCCAGGAUUUGCGCCAUGGCCGCUGCACCCACCGCCCCCGCCGGCCACCGCUCCGACUUCGACGUCAUCGUGGUGGGCGCCGGCAUCAUGGGCAGCUGCGCGGCGCACGCGGCGGCGUCCCGCGGCGCGCGCGCCCUGCUCCUGGAACGCUUCGACCUCCUCCACGGCCUCGGCUCCUCGCAUGGCGACUCCCGCAUCAUCCGCGACGCCUACGCAAAGGCGCGGUACGUGCCCAUGGUGCGCCUCGCCCGCCGCCUCUGGGCGGACGCCGAGGCCGAGUCCGGCUACCGCGUGCUCACCCCGGCGCCGCAGCUCACCUUCGGCCCGCGCGACAGCGCCUCGCUGCUCGCCGCCGUCCGGAACGCCGGCGCCGAGGAGGUGGACCUGGCGACGAGGUGGGGAGGAGCCUUCCGCGUCCCUGACGGGUGGGUCACCGCGGUGAGCGAGCACGGCGGCGGCGUGCUCAACGCGACCAAGGCGGUGGCCAUGUUCCAGGCGCUCGCCGUCAAGAAGGGCGCCGCGGUCAGAGACAACGCCGAGGUCGUCGGCAUCGAGAAGGGGGCCGAGGGCGGCGUCGUGGUGAGGACGAGCGGCGGCGAGGUGUUCCGCGGCGCCAAGUGCGUCGUCACGGUGGGCGCCUGGGCGAGCAAGCUGCUCAGGUCCGUCGCCGGCGUGGAGCUCCCCAUCCAGCCGCUGCACACACUGAUCCUGUACUGGCGCGUCAAGCCCGGCCGCGAGCGCGAGCUCACGGCGAAGGCCGGGUUCCCGACGUUCUCCAGCUCCGGCGACCCGCCCGUGUACGGCACGCCGUCGCUGGAGCUCCCGGGGCUUAUCAAGAUCAGCUGCGACGGCGGGCCGCCGUGCGACCCGGACAACCGUAACUGGGACGCUGGCGACAAGGAAGUCACCGAGCGGGUGGCCAGGUGGAUCGAGGAGGCCAUGCCGGGACACUUGGACGCCGCCGGCGGGCCGGUGAUCCGGCAGUCGUGCAUCUGCUCCAUGACGCCGGACGCGGACUUCGUGAUCGACUUCCUCGGCGGGGACUUCGGGGAGGACGUGGUGGUCGGGGCCGGGUUCUCCGGGCACGGGUUCAAGAUGGGCCCGGCGGUGGGGAGGUUCCUGGCCGAGAUGGCCAUCGACGGCAAGUCCAAAACGGCGGCGGAGGCCGGCGUGGAGCUCGGCUGCUACAGGAUCAACCGGUUCGACGGCAACCCCAUGGGAAAUGAUGCCAAUAAGGAUUACUAGUGAGCUCGAUCAUGGAUGUGUGUCAUCCUACUACCAUGUACCUGUGUGAUUCUUGUCACGCAUUGAAAUAACAAGUUGCAUGUGAUGGUUGCAACAUUAUCAGAAAACACAAAUGCGUUUGAGUUUUAUCAGUGUAAGUAUUUUUUUUUUGAAACG